UCCCGCCUUGCUCCCCUUUUCCCCCUUCCCCCCCCUGCAGCGCGGUGGCUGACUAGCUCCAGCGGUCGGCGGAGUGGGCGCGCGCCGGGGUCGCGCGGCAGCCGAAGGGGGCGGGCGCGCGCAGGAGGAGUGGAGGCGUAGGGGGGCGGGGGACCGCUCGCUUGCUCGCAAGAUGGCGGACGAGGACGGGGAAGGGAUUCACCCCUCAGCCCCGCACCGGAAUGGAGGCAGCGGCGGGGGGUCUGGGCUCCACUGCGCCGGGAACGGUGGCGGGGGAGGCGGCGGCCCGCGGGUCGUGCGCAUUGUCAAGUCCGAAUCCGGCUACGGCUUCAACGUGCGGGGCCAAGUGAGCGAGGGCGGGCAACUGCGGAGCAUCAACGGGGAGCUGUACGCGCCGCUGCAGCAUGUGAGCGCCGUGCUGCCCGGGGGGGCGGCCGACCGGGCCGGGGUGCGCAAGGGGGACCGCAUCCUGGAGGUGAACGGCGUGAAUGUUGAGGGGGCGACACACAAGCAGGUGGUGGACCUGAUCCGAGCAGGCGAGAAGGAAUUGAUCUUGACAGUGUUGUCUGUACCUCCUCAUGAGGCUGAUAACCUAGAUCCCAGUGACGACUCCUUGGGACAAUCAUUUUAUGAUUACACAGAAAAGCAAGCAGUGCCCAUAUCGGUCCCCACAUACAAACAUGUGGAGCAGAAUGGUGAGAAGUUUGUGGUAUACAAUGUUUACAUGGCCGGGAGGCAGCUGUGUUCUAAGCGGUACCGGGAGUUUGCCAUACUGCACCAAAACCUGAAGAGAGAGUUUGCCAACUUUACAUUUCCUCGACUUCCAGGAAAGUGGCCAUUCUCAUUAUCAGAACAACAAUUAGAUGCUCGGCGUCGGGGGUUGGAAGAAUAUCUAGAAAAAGUGUGUUCAAUUCGAGUCAUUGGUGAAAGCGACAUCAUGCAGGAAUUCCUGUCUGAAUCUGAUGAGAAUUACAAUGGUGUGUCUGAUGUCGAGCUGAGAGUAGCAUUACCGGAUGGAACAGCUGUUACUGUCAGAGUUAAAAAGAACAGUACUACAGACCAAGUGUACCAGGCUAUUGCAGCAAAGGUUGGCAUGGACAGUACAACAGUGAAUUACUUUGCCUUAUUUGAAGUGAUCAAUCAUUCCUUUGUACGUAAGCUGGCACCUAAUGAAUUUCCUCAUAAACUCUACGUCCAGAAUUAUACGUCAGCUGUGCCAGGCACCUGCCUGACCAUUCGCAAGUGGCUCUUUACAACAGAAGAAGAAGUCCUCUUAAAUGACAAUGACCUUGCUGUUACAUACUUCUUUCAUCAGGCUGUUGAUGAUGUAAAGAAAGGUUACAUUAAAGCAGAGGAGAAAUCUUACCAGUUACAGAAGCUGUAUGAACAGAGGAAGAUGGUCAUGUACCUCAACAUGCUAAGGACCUGCGAGGGGUACAAUGAGAUCAUCUUCCCUCACUGCGCCUGCGACUCCAGGAGGAAGGGCCAUGUGAUCACAGCCAUCAGCAUCACGCACUUCAAACUUCAUGCCUGCACUGAAGAAGGGCAGCUGGAGAACCAGGUAAUAGCGUUUGAAUGGGAUGAGAUGCAGCGAUGGGACACAGAUGAAGAAGGAAUGGCCUUCUGUUUUGAAUAUGCGCGAGGAGAGAAGAAGCCUCGAUGGGUUAAAAUCUUCACACCAUAUUUCAAUUACAUGCAUGAAUGCUUUGAGAGGGUGUUCUGCGAGCUCAAGUGGAGAAAAGAGGAAUAUUAGUUAGAGACUGAUUAUCCCAUGUGAGCCAGGACAUUCUCCCAGCGAGGCUGGCCUCUGGAUGGUGAAUGGGCAAAAAAGCCCUGCUUCUCCCCUUGUGUAGAGGGUGGACACUGGCUGCAGGCUCUCCCGUCUCUCAUGACCUCAUGGACCCUCUUCUGCCUGUUUGUUUGAUUUUUAAUGUUGUUGUUUGUUUGUUUUUUAAUUAAAUAACCCUCCAUGCUGUUCCUGACCCAGGAGAGCGCCUGUCCAGAAUUUAGCUAUCUGACUGGAUCAGUCACAGUAGAGUCUUUCUUCACUAACCAAGAGCAUAAAUGUGGAGGAAAUUCUUUGCUACUGUUGUUUAUAGGUGUCAGUGUUGGAGCAGAAUUUAGAAGACUCUGUCUAAAUACUUAGCUACUUAUUCUCAAAGAAAUCAGAAAAUGAAGAAGUAUAGUCAGUCACAUGGAAGUUGGUGUUCUUGCUAUAGUAGAAAGAACACUGGGCUCUGGAAGUCAUCUGGAAUCCUCCUGCUGCUUUUAUCUGUGAUUUUAGGCAUAGCAGCCUCCUCAGAUCUGAUUGUCUAUUUUGUAGAAGAGGAAGACUGAGCCAGGUGGUCCAUAUCCAGAGUCCUCUGUACUCUGACGGCUGUGCUUCCGAUGGAUGGUUGAGUCUGGCUGACAGCCGAGUUGGCUGCCCCUGUUGUGCUGUCUCCAGAGUGGAGGCCGUGCUGCUCCUCAGUAACGCUUCUUUUUUUUUUUUUCCUUUCAGAAUAUUUUCCAGAUGGCGAGGUCACAGCAGAGGGAUGUGGCCACCUAGCCUUUCCUCAUCCCUCCUUCCCUUUGCCCUCAGCCUCUUAGCCUUUUCAUCUCCCAUGUCAGACAGUAACCAUUAACAAAAAAGAAGAAAAAAAGGAAAAAAAGUCAUUAUAUCCCAAAGUCCUAAGCUAAAUAUUAUUAAUAACUUCCUGUGUUUUGCGUCUCUGGGACUGAGCUGGGAGAGAGCAGCAGGUUGAGAAUGCCAGACGUCCACUGAUCUCAGACAGACACACGCCCAACCAGCUCGCCAAAGGCAGCUUUGUCAUUUUACCCGGGCCUCAUACCAACAGACUCUCCUUGUACUAUAUUUUUAAACUGGAACUAUGAACUCCAUCCAUUUGCACUGUUCAAGCAUAUAUAUGUAUGUAUGUAUGUAAAAAAUUAUAUAUACACAAAUUAGCUGCACGUAUAUACAUAUAUAUAUUUCUUUUUAAAUUUCAUAUUGAUGGCAGUACCUUUUUUAGCUUGUGUUUUUACACACCUUUCACUGAAUUCAUGACCUCUCUCUCUUGCUCUCUUUAUUUUGAAACAAACUUUAAAAAGGAAAAAAAAAUACAGGGAAAAUACCUCUCCUCAAGAAGGACUCGAAAAGUUUACAACCUGCUUGGGUUUUCUUCCCUUUUUUGUAUUGAGUACAGUUUCUGGCUGUUGGUUUGCCAUAGAGUCUGAGGAGUGAGGAGUGUAGUAUCUUUAUCUGCAAGAGGGUGCUGAGGAUGAGAAAGGCUGUUUCUCAAGAGCAGUGAGGCUGCAGGGAGUCUAACGACCUGGAGUCUCAAUUCUAAGUCAUUUUCCUGGUCCAUCAGUCAACUUUGAGUCCAUCCUGCAUCUCCUUCCUGUUUCUUUAGGGUCUUUUAUAUGCUUCCUUUCACCUGACCCAAGACAGUUGAGGGUAAUCUGAGGAAGCUGUUACCAUAGGAAACUGCAACACUUCUCUUCUGCAGCAAGGAUCAUUUUAGGAGCAAAGCUUGACAUCUGAGGCACAGAGGUUGGGCAUAUGGAGGGAAGGAAGGAAGCAAUGCCUCGUAUUUAUAAGGGCCUUCCCUCCUCUGUUCCUGUCCAGUAACCAUCUAUAUUUAAUAUCCUCAUGAGUUCUUUAAACAGUUGUGUGUGGAGGGAGUGUCUUGGAUAAGCUUAGAGUCUGGGUCUCUGCCAACCAAAUCAGAGCCCCGUUCAUGACAGCUCAGGGCCCAAGAAGUGGAAAUAUGGUCGAUUUUGUUGACCACCACCAUUUACUUCAAAGGAGACUGAAGAGAAAUCUCUUAAAGAGUUCUUUACCUGGAGCUGGGCCUGGGGCUGGGCCAGGGCCUGGGGCUGGUUCAGUUGGUAGAGUGCUUACAUGGCAUGCAAAAAGCCUUAAGUUCCAUCCCCAGCACCACUUAAAACUUGGGGUGUUGUAGUGCACACCUGUAAUCUCAGCACUUGGAGGGGAAUGCAGGAAACUCAGAAUUUUCAAGUUCACCCCUCUGCUACCUAAUGAGUUCAAGGCUAUCCUGGAUCACAUAUCUCAAAAGUAGAAGAGUUCCUUACCUGCUCCUGCACUUAGACCUCCUGGGACCUAAAAGUCAUUGGGACAGAGGCCAGACUGGCACUAGAGUAAUAUUCUCAAACCUUGAGUUCUUGUGUAAGGAACGCUCAGGUUAGGUACAACUAAAACACAUCUUUGAAACUUUGUAUCUACUUUACCUUCGAUAUUGAAGCCUCCGUAGGCUGUGUCUUUGGCUUCAUGUCGCUGAAAGGCAGCAGAAUUGGAUGUCCUUUGGUAGUGUUGGAUUUGGUUUCAAGUUGCUUUCAUGCCGUGGCUUUGCAGAGCAUUAUGAGCCACUUCUCUGUCUCCAUUAUUCUGGCAGCCACUUGCCCCAGGAAGGUGUGAACCUUUUAGGACAGACAGCCUGUUCCUUCCCUCUCCAAACUUGUGGGACCACAAAGUACAAAAUAUGGUGAGUGUUUAAAGGUGAAGAGGGUAAUACCUGAUUUGAAGACUUUAAUCAGGGUCAACUCUCCCUGUUGGCUUUAAUGAGUCUGAGUACCUUAAGAGAGAGCAAAUUGAUUUCUUCUCCAAGAUGCUCUGGAGGCCAGCUAUGUUCAAACUGUAAAAACAGCAACAUUGCAGCCCACUCCCUCAGGGGGAGAGCCUAUCCUACAGCCUUCCAGAGUAAAGACAGGGCUUUAGAGGUCCUGAAGAGUCAGCCCCACAUGUGUUGGAGUUAACAGAAUCUAUGUAGGAACAUCCUAUUUUAGGUAGUCUGCUACCAAAACACCCAGCUGCAGCAGGGAGACAGGGGAAGAGGGCGGUCCCAAAGGCUCCCAGUGGGGCUGCAGUGAUGGAGGAGGAGGUCACUAUGGCCUAGAGGCCCACAGGAUCAAGUUCUUUUGCAUGAAGCUGUGUUAGAUGUAAGUACUCCCUCCCCCAAGCCCCUGCGCUUCCUUUCUCUAAUCCCUUCUAUGUUUCUUAGUCCUGGCUUCUGCCUAGGGAGGCAUCUACAGUUUUCUUGGGCAGUUUGUCUCUGGGAAAGGGAUUUCCCUUCCCAGCUUCCUGGUCUCCAGUUGUCGUUUCCUCCACGCCGAGUUUCUGUUCUCUGAGACUAAAACUCAGAAAUUUUUAUGGAGCAGGAAAAUACUUAGGCCCUGAGAAGCCUGGUGCUCUAGGAAACUUUGCUCGGGCAGUGCGUUGAGCUUGCUGCUCUUUGUAUUUUUAUUCUGGUCUCCGUUUUUCAGCCUUGCCUUUGCCCUUGCCCUUGCCGAGGCCUAAGCUCAGCACAGCUACAGAUGUGUCAGUGUGUUCAGGGCAGCUCCCAGGCCUUGACAGAGCUCUCAGGGAGGAACAAGGUAAAUGAUCUAGCAUCCUCUUGCCUGGCCCAUUUAAUUUUAUCUUUUAGUUACCUGGGCCAGUAGCUUUGAAUUAUCCCCCUUCAUUGCUCCAAACCUGAUGCCUGAAGCACCAAAAUAGGGCACUGAUAAGAGGGAGCGCCUCUCUUAUCUCAGAAUUUCCAGCUUAAGGGCCAGCUCCUAGAAAGCAGUUUUCUUAAAGGGACCUACAUACAUUUGAGUUGAGCUAAAGUUUCCAGGAAUGGAGGCCCUUUCUGCCCUCCUGUCUAUUAUGCUGUCUGGAGGGACAGCCUCAGCACACCGAUGCUCCUUCACCAGUUGUAUGGGUUGCUUUAACUUUUUUUGGAGGAGCAGCAGUGUGGGUGAAUACUUAGAACUAGUGGGAGGGAGAAGGCUUCAGUCCUCCAUCUUGGGUUCCUCUUACUCUAACCCUCAGCGUAUCUGCCAGGCCUUCUUUACCUGGAUAGCAGCAACUUCUUUCUCAGCAGUAACUGAGGGUGCAUGGAAAUAAGGCUCUGGGGAGGAGCGAGACUGAAGAGGGACUGAUCCUGGUAGGAGCACUUGGCCAGCUGCUGACCAUGGGUGCCAACUUGUCAUGCCUCUUCUAAGCUGGUGAGCUGGGCUUCAGUUUUUCCCAGGCCAUGCACAUUUUUAAUUUAUUUGAGAGAAACUAAUUGUAUUUUCACUGCAGUAUCUUGUACUUUUAUUUGUGAUUUAUGAAAUGUGAAGAGAAAAUGCAGAGACCCACUGGCUCCAGUGUUUCUCCAGCCCCUGCUCUAGAGCUAACCACUCUAAGAUUGUUUGGUAAUGUCACUUAGUGUAAUUAAUUGUAACAUAUUCUUUUAAAUAAAUUGAUUUAUUGAUGAAACAA